AAAAAAAAACUUUCUUCAUCGGUAAUCGACCGACACAUUCAACGUGGGGGAAUGAGAUGGGAAACGAGAAAUGUUACUAAUUUAUGUGUGAUGGAUGCAAAAAGUGCUAGUGUGUGAAAAGCAUAAGCCCACCGUCGAAGGGUGCUGAACACAUACCAUUAGCGGGAAAAAACGUUAAGCGAAUUUGUCUUCAUUAGAGAUGUGUAUAUAGUGCGUUGAAUAUCAUAGCAAACCGAGCGAACCAACUUGUCUUGGUGAAAGACUGAACGUUCAACGCAGUCAGUGUGGGACCGACCCAACCAUCAUCGGAUCGCGGGAGAGGGAGUAAAUAUGAGCCCAUUCGCAGAGAGUGUAGCAAUGUUACUAAUCGAUGUGCUAGUGUAUGAAAAGCAUGAGUCCACCGUCGAAGGGUGCAGCACGCACACCAUGAGCGGAAAAAAAGCGUUUAGCAAAUUUGGUAUUAUCAGGCGUGUGCAUAGAGUCCGUUGAACAUCAUAGCAAACCGAGCCAACCAACAUGGCUGGGCGAGAGACUGAAUGUUCAACGCAGUCAGUGUGGGACCGACCCAACCAUCAUCGGAGCACGGGAGAAAGAGCAAAUACUAGUCCACUCGCAGAGAGUGUAGUAGAUCCUUGUAUCUGACAGCAAAAAAAACUGAGACUGGAAUUAUCGUAGCGUGGAAUAUUCACGAGCCCGGUAGAACCAUAGCAGAGAGAAAUAAUUUGGUUGAACGUCGUAGCUAAAGGGGUCCAGCAAUAAAGCUGAGCGAGUGAGACCGAACGUUCAAGAUCGUAAGGGAAAAGAAUGCGGGUCCCUCACGAUUUUAAUUGAAGCAAGGCAGAGCGAGAGAGUAAUAUAAAAUCAUUUCAGAGAGUGCCCUUCCAUGCCAAUUGAGAUUUUGCGAGACUGGUAAGCGCAUCACAGAAAGUUCGUUCAGUGAGACUGAAUGUUCGAAAAGUGUAGCACACAACCGCGAAAAAAACUGACGGUGGCGUGGAAAAAAAAAGUUUUAUGAGCCCGAUAGAAACAUUGUUAGAGAAAUCGUCUAAACUUUAGAAAAUCGAACCACAGCCACACUGAAUCAAUACAACUUUACGUACGUCGCAGUUGGCAAAUGUAAAUCUAAUACGAAAAACCAUGAACGAUAACGAUUGGCCACUGCAACUCUUCAAUGAGGCAGCAGAUUCAUCAGAUCUCAGAAGAGAAUGGGAGGAAUGGCACCGUUCCUUUGAGCUCAUUCUAGAGAUGAAAGGCAUCGAAGGUCAGCACGAGAAACUUGUGUUGCUGCUAGCUCGGGGAGGACGUGGAUUGCAGCGCAUUUUUUACAAUUUGCGACCGGUGCCAGAAGAGGUAUAUCUGGACCCGGUUCCAGUACCACUGCUACCGAAGGAAAUUCCUGAGUACGACAACGCAGUUGUCAGACUGAGCAAAUUUUUUAUCGGGAAGCGUAACGUUCGAAUUGAACUUGAAUUAUUCCGUACGAUCAAACAAGCAGAAAGUGAACCGUUUAGUCAGUUUCUACUGAGGCUGCGCACACAGGCUACACGCUGUGAAUUCCAAGAACGGGAGGAGAUCGAAAUUCUACAGCAGGUGACCAUGGGAGCGCUGGAUGAACGGGUUCGAGAUAAAGGACUCGAAGGAACAUUGGAUCUUGAUGAGAUCUCUAACUACGCUAUGAACAGAGAGAUGCUCCUUAAGCAGAAGGAGAAAGCGAAGGCUUCGAAGGAAGAACCAGCCGUGAUUGCAGCGGUAAAGCAAGACUGGGUUGCUAAAGCACCUUUUCGAGGAAAAACAAGAGCACGGUCAUUGAAUUACAGCUCGAGAAGCAUGGGUAACGAGUGCGAUCGAUGCGGAUCAUAUCGCCAUUUUAGUGAUGGCGUAAACUGCCCAGCCCGGAAGGCUCGUUGUAAUAACUGCGGAAAGAUUGGACACUUUGGCAGGAAAUGUCGAACCAGUGCUAAUAAAAGAUGUGGUAAUUGGGAUACUUGGAGGCAGCCGAAGGUUGGAGCUAACGCCGUUACUUCGGAUCAUAAUUGGAAUGAGGAGCUACCUCGUCGCCCGAUUCCGGAAGAUAUCCAACAGGUAAAAUGAACACAUUUAAAAUGAGGGUUGUAGGAUCCCAGUCUAAUGAAUUCAAUUUGAAAACAAAGAAAAAGCAAGAGUUGAUAAUAAAGAUUGAUUAACAAUAAACAAUUGUACUUAUUAGGUUACAUCACAGCCUCUCGACAAUGGAAUCAUAACGUGCCUAAUCAACGAUUUUCCCGUUGAAUUCCUUAUUGACUCUGGAGCAACGAUUAAUACGAUUACCGAAGCAGUUUGGACGGAACUGCUGAGGAAUAAAGUCAGAGUAUCCAAACGAAGCACUCGGUGCGAUCGCCAAUUCUCUUCCUACGCUAGUGAGAAGCCCCUUCGUGUGCUGGCAACAAUUGAGUCUAAAAUUUCCAUAAAUCCUUGUAAGCCAACGACUUACGCGGAGUUUUUUGUGAUAGAGGGGUCUAACAAGUCGUUGUUAAGUAAAACAACUGCUGAAGAAUUGAAUGUUUUGAAAGUUGGCCUCAAUGUUCAACAUGUGGAAGAAAACAUAAAGCCCUUUCCAAAGUUCCCCAAUAUUCAGGUGAAGCUCUCAAUCGAUCCGUCAAUUCCACCAAGAAAACUCGCCUAUUUAAGAAUUCCAGAACCUAUGAAACAUAAAGUUGACGAGAAAAUCCAAGAAAUGCUCAAACAAGACAUCAUUGAACCGGUUAGAGGCCCGCCUGAUUGGAUUUCACCCUUGGUGGUUGUACCCAAAGGCAAAGGUGAUGUUCGGCUUUGUGUGAAUAUGAAAUUCCCGAACCAGGCAAUUCAGCGAGAGCAUUAUCCGAUUCCUGUAAUCGACACCUUCUUAAACGAACUACGUGGAGCCACAUAUUUUUCAAGGCUUGAUAUGACCUCGGCGUACUACCAUCUGGAGCUUCAUCCUGAUUCGCGUAACGUAACAACGUUCAUGACGAACCGUGGAUUGAUGCGUUUUAAGCGACUCAUGUUCGGGGUAAACUGUGCCCCGGAAAUAUUUCAACGAGUAAUGACGGAAAUGUUGGCUGGUAUCCACGGAGUUGUAGUUUAUAUAGACGACGUCGUUGUUGCCGGGAGAACUCGUGAGGAACACGACAUCAGAUUGCAGAAAGUAUUGUCCGUCUUGGAAAGCAACAAUGCAAAACUUAAUUUGGAGAAGUGCCUAUUUGGAGUGACAGAGCUGGAAAUCCUAGGGUUUAAAGUGAGCUCCCUAGGAAUACGCCCAUCUGAAGAAAAAAUCGAAGCAAUUAGAAACUUUCGACUGCCAGAAACAAAAGAGGAAGUCCGGAGUUUUUUGGGGCUCGUAAAUUUUAUAGGUCACUUCAUUCCAGAUCUGUCUACUCGUACUGAGCCUCUUCGUAAGUUCAUCCGUGGAGAAAACGAAACUUUUGGGGAAAGUCAGCAAGCUGCUUUUAACGACCUUCGACAAGAACUAACAACAAAAGUAAGAAUGUUGGGGUUCUUCGAUCCUAAAGAUAUGACCGA